AUGUCAGCACCACACACAACACUCAGCGCCGCGGCAGACGACCGCAAAGCGCGGCUCGCAAAACUCAAGUCCCUCAAGCGCAAGCAACCCGAAGACGAGAUCGCGCCCCCCGAGUCAGACCGCAUAGCGUCGCCGGCGCCACAAGCCGCAGAGGCACCCGGCACAGAAGCCCAGAACGAGGGGCAGGAGGAGGAUGACGUCUCGAGGAAAUACCUGUCCGGGCGCAACUACGACGCCGAGACCAAGGGCCCCAAGCUGGGCUUCGAGGCGCCGCCCACGCUGGGGCCCGAGGACCAGACGCUGGAGGAGCAGGCGGCGGAGCUCGAGGCUGAGGUGCGGAGGAAGGCGGCCGAGGACGCCGGGGACGACCGGGGCAUCGACCUGUUCAAGCUGCAGCCCAAGAAGCCGAACUGGGACCUGAAGAGGGAGCUGGACAAGAAGCUGGAGGUGCUCAACGUCAGGACCGACAACGCCAUCGCGAGGCUCGUGAGGCAGAGGCUGCAGGAGAAGAAGGCCGAGGCGCAGAACAAGGACGGGAGGCUGGCGGACGGGGACGCCGUCGCUGCUGGCCUGGAGGGCGGGGAGUUGGAGGAGAUUGUGAGGCUGAGGGAGAAAGAGGAAGAGGCGGAGGAGCAGAGGGAGCGAGAUGCUAUCGAGGCAGAGUGA